AAGGUUUUCAUUGAACUCUUCCCUUUUCUAGUUUAGGUACCGUUCUCGCAUCCCUUCCAUUUACCACCACGAUACCCGCCGCCGCCCUCACCUGGUUCUGCUCUGCCUCCGUGGCUUAUAGCAACAGCAAUUUCCCUAAACCAAUCUUCAAUGGCGUACGAAGGAGGAAACCUCAAGUCCACCUCCAUUAAUGGGGUUAAGCUCUACACUGUAGCAUCCCAACAACGCUCUCUUGCUACUUGGAUCAAUCCCAAGAAGCUGCGAGCUCUGCGCAAAGACAAGGAUUACACGUCAAGGGUGGACUUGAUCCAGGAUUUGAGGUUUGACAUUGCAUCAAGCAAAAUAAAAGCAACCCCCGACGGAGAGUUUCUUAUAGCAUCAGGUAUCUAUCCACCGCAAGUUAAAGUAUAUGAACUGAGGGAACUUUCAUUGAAGUUCAAAAGACAUUUUGAUUCAGAGAUAAUCGACUUCCAGAUACUGGAUGAUGACUACUCAAAGUUGGCAUUUAUGUGUGCUGAUCGUUCUAUUGUUCUCCAUGCUAAAUAUGGAAAACAUCACACUUUGCGGAUACCAAGGAUGGGAAGGAAUAUUGAAUAUGACAACUGGUCUGCUGACUUGCUUUGUGCUGCAUCCUCUCCAGAUGUGUACAGAAUCAGUUUGCAGCAGGGGCGGUUUCUUCCACCUCUCAACACAGAAUCCCCAGCAAUAAAUGUUGUUUCUCGAAGCAAGCUUCAUGGGAUAGUUGCUUGUGGGGGUGUAGAUGGAGCUGUAGAAUGUUUUGACACCAGAACGAAGUUAUCUUCAAUUGGAAGAAUUGAUGCUAUUGCACCUGCAGGAGAUAAGGACCAGGAGGUUACUGCAUUAGCAUUUGAUGAUAUUGGUGGAUUCCAAAUGGCCGUCGGCAGUAGCUCAGGAAAGAUUUUGAUAUACGAUUUGCGUUCAUCAGAUCCUAUAAGAAUCAAAGAUCACAUGUACGACAGUCCAAUUCUGAACAUUAAGUGGCAUAGCACUCUUAAUUCUGAAAAACCAAAAAUGAUUACCACUGACAAGCACAUUGUUAGGAUUUGGGACCCAGAUACUGGAGAAGGAAUGACCAGCAUUGAGCCCACGCUUGGUCCAAUAAAUGAUACAUGUGUAUUCAAGGACAGUGGAUUGAUGCUACUAGCUUUGAAUUCAAGUCAAAUACCUUCUUACUUUCUGCCUGCGCUGGGACCUGCACCAAAGUGGUGCUCUUAUUUGGAGAAUUUGACGGAGGAGUUGGAGGAGGGUGCAGAAACAACUAUAUAUGAUGAUUUCAAGUUCUUGACAAAAGAAGAACUUGAGAGGCUAAAUUUGACAAACCUGAUUGGGACUAAUCUGCUAAGAGCUUACCUUCAUGGUUUCUUUAUUGAUUAUCGCUUGUAUAAAAAGGCAAAAUCACUGGCGGAUCCUUUUGCAUAUGAUGCUUACAUAGAACAAAGGAAAAAAGAGAAACUAGAUGAGGAGCGUGCCAACCGAAUUACGGUGAAAAGAAAAUUACCCAAAGUCAACAGGCGCCUCGCAAAUCAAAUCCUUGAAGAGGAAGAAGCUGGAACGGAAAAGAAGGAUGAAGAGGAUGUCAAUAAGACCAAGAAGGCAUCAAAGAAGAAGAAAGGGCUCAGUAGUGAAAUCUUUCAAGAUGAACGUUUUGCGAAUAUGUUUAAGAAUGAGAACUUCGAGAUCAAUGAGCUUUCACCAGAGUAUCUGGCCCUGCAUCCAGUGGCUUCUACGAAGCAGCCAUCUUUGGUGGAAGAGCAUUUUGAACCUGUCUUGGACGACAGUGAACAAAGCUUAAGUAAUUCUGAUGCCUCAGUUGAAUCAGACUUUGAAGAUGAACCCAGCAGAGAUAAGCAUAAUAAGGCGCGAGCUCCAAAAUUGUAUGAGGUGAAGGAUGAAAAGCAUGCUGAGGCGUUCUGGAACAGUGUAUCACUUGCUAAGGAGGAAAGGCUCACUAUGGAGGAGAGAAUUGCUGCUAUGGGAGACAAUAAGCAAGGUUCUGGAAUUCUAAAUGAAGUUAAAUUGGGACCAGGAGGGUCGCGAGAGAUUUCGUUUAAGCCAAGAAGCUCUGCCAAGUACAUGGAAGAUGAUGACGAUGAAGGCCCACGAAAGAAGAAUCGGAGUGCCGAAUUUUAUGGUCCAAAGGCCAAUAAAUCAGGUUCCCGAGGUGGAAUGAGACAUGGGAGCAGCAUAGGUGGAAACAACAGAGGUAGAGGUAGAGGUAGAAGAGGGCGCCGGUGAAUGAUUCACACUGGUGUAUCAUAUGAAGAAAAAUAUAUGAAACAGUUGCAGCCUUAAGCCAUGAAAUUAGAUUUGUGCUUUGUCUUCCUUACCGAGAAGGAAGAUAAGAGGAAUGAGACGUCGACAUGGUGAGAGCAUAGAGUAUUCCCAUCUCACCCAUGAGAAGAUUUUAUAAACUGUAAAUUUUGUUAGGUUAGUUUUAAGUUAUUAAUAUUGUUUCACUUGAAUGAGUAGAGCCUGUUCUUUAUUAAUAUGAUCGAGAACCCAAUUGAAAGAAUGAAACUUUAUUAAUCGCU